UCUCCGUUCAAACUUCAAACCCCACUCGGUACACACACUACUGUGUGUAUGGUUCAUCUUUUUCCUGCUAAUAAUAAAGACACCAUAAUAAUUAUCCUUAUUUUAAUCCAAAGAUCAACCCAUCCAGAAUAAAUGUUUAAUUUAUUCUCCAUCAAUUGAGAUGGACCCUAAUUAGCUUUAAAUUCGAAAUCCAACUCCGUAUCAAUCAAAAUCAAAAUAUAUAUACAAUAAAGGGAGAUAUUUCAUCCAGCUAUGCAUCUCUAAAUCUGUUAAUGUAUAUAUUGUUAAUGUACAUACGAGUGUAUAUAUUGUUAUACAUACAUAUCUUUAUAGAUAGAUUUGCUGGGGGGAGAUAUGGGGGCGAUGGCGUCAUCAAUGGCGGCAAAGUUUGCAUUUUUUCCGCCGGAUCCGCCGGCGUACGGGUUGGCGGUGGAGGAGUCGACCAAGAAAUUGAGGAUGACGGGGGUGACGGAGAGGGAGAACGUGGACGUAUUGAAGCUUGCGACCCAGAGAGGCACGGAAAUAGUGGCGGUGUACGUGAGGAACCCGGCGGCGAAGCUAACGCUGCUCUACUCCCACGGAAACGCGGCUGACGUGGGCCAAAUGUACGACUUGUUCUGCGAACUUGGCCGUCAUCUUCGCGUCAAUGUGAUGGGGUAUGACUACACUGGGUAUGGAAUGUCCAAUGGCAAGGCGAGCGAGCAGAACACUUAUGCUGACAUUGAUGCAGCAUACAAAUGCCUAUGUGAGAGAUAUGGUGCGAAAGAAGAAGACGUAAUAUUAUAUGGUCAGUCUGUUGGCAGUGGACCGACUCUAGAUCUCGCAUCGCGUUUGUCAAGAUUAAGGGCUGUGGUUUUGCACAGCCCCAUAUUGUCUGGCCUCCGUGUGAUGUAUCCUGUGAAGAGGACAUAUUGGUUUGACAUAUAUAAGAAUAUUGAUAAGAUUCCAUUGGUUGAUUGCCCUGUCCUUGUAAUACACGGGACAGCAGAUGAUGUGGUGGACUUCUCUCAUGGAAAGAAGCUUUGGGAACUUUGUAAGCAAAAAUAUGAACCACUAUGGGUUAAAGGUGGAAACCAUUGCGACUUGGAAGUCUACCCAGAAUACAUUAAACAUCUGAAGAGGUUUGUGUCAGCUAUUGAGAGAUCAUCACAUUUGGAAAAUGUAUCACCAUGCAUGGACUCAUCUGAAGAUAAUCAAAGAAACAGCACAGAUUGUAGGCCCAGAUCUAGCACUGAUAAGAAAGAAAAGAAGGAGAAGCCAAGAAGAAGCAUCGGCUCAAGAGAAAAACCAAGAAGCAGCAUUGACAAGAAAGAAAGAAUGCGUAGGAGUUUGGAUCAAGCUGAGAAGACAAAUUGCAACACAGAACCACAGGAAAAAGCAAGAAAGAGCUUUGACCGCUUUGGUGAAAUGAUGAAAUCAGCCGUAUUAUGCAAUAUCGAUUGCUUCAAGCCAACAGGAGCAAAUGUCCCUAAAUAGAGAAGAGAUGGAAAGAAAGAUUGAUUAUUUCCACCUCAGUCUGGACUGGUAAGGUACCCAGGAGACGAGGGCGUGCGGCGCGGGCCAUAAUUCUCAAGGUGGAAGCUUGAUUGAAGCUGAUAUAUUAAUUAUUCAUUACCUCAUUUGUAUACUACCUUAUACAAUACCUGACAGUCUAUUGGUCUUCUGCUCAUCCUCCGGGUUUGCUACAUGGGGAGGAGACUGAACAGUGAGCCUACCAGUUUCUCUUGAUUCUCUAGAUAGAAGGUUACUCUGUUGUAAUGCCCAGAGACAUUGACACCAUCUGUUCAUGUCUCAACAAAUUUAUUAACCAAAAUGUAGGAUAAUUUUGGAAUUCUCCUACAAGCAACCUGCUGCUGAUGAUGUAACAAUUUCUUUAAAAGCUGCAGGCUAAAUUUUACUUGACAACAUGAAUUCUUAUCACAAUCUCACGGUCUCACCCACUUGAGAUUUUCUAGGAAUUGCUGAAGAUCCAGUUUAACCUGA